AUGGAGGAGCACAUCCAGGGUGAUGAUCGAUAUUGGCCUUACUUCAAAGAUUGCAUUGGAGCAAUAGAUGGAACACAUGUGGCAAUUCAUGUCCCCGCUGACAAACAAAUCCCAUUCAUGAAUAGGAAAGGGUACACAUCAACCAAUAUUUUAGCUACAUGUGACUUCAAUAUGUGUUUCACAUAUGCACUUAUUGGUUGGGAGGGAUCGGCGCAUGACACACGUAUUCUACUUGAUGUUUUACGAAAUCCAUUUAUGAAGUUUCCUCAACCUCCAGAAGGAAAAUAUUACCUUGUGAAUUCUGGAUAUUCUACCAUGAAAGGGUUUCUAGGGCCAUAUAAGAGUGCAAGGUAUCACAUUCCACAAUUUAAGAUGUCUCGUGCUUUUAGGUCUCCUAAUGAAGUAUUCAACUAUCAUCACUCUAGUCAGAGGAGUGUUAUUGAAAGAACAUUUGGGGUUUGUAAGGCAAGAUGGUGGAUCCUACAAAAUAUGACCACUUACACAACGAAGGUACAAUUUCAAAUUAUAUGGGCAUGUUUUGCUCUACAUAAUUAUAUUCGAAGAAUGGGAAACAAUGAUUUAGAUGCUCUUGAGGGCCUUGAGGACAUUAACCAAUUCCAAGAAAGAAAAUUGGGCUUUGAGGAUGAUGGUGAAAGUUCAUGGCAACAACCAACCAAUGAAGAUACUGAACAAAUCAGAGUUAGAAACACUAUUAGGAAUCAACUCUUCAAUCAAGGUAUGAGUUGA